AUGCUGCUAAAGGACAGUCUUCCACCGGUCUCUGAAAAGCCAGUCGACCUGACAGCAGUGUUAGCAGCAUCACCACCAGAACCGUCCGAGAUACUGUAUUCGACGAUUAAUGCGGUGGAGGACGGGAACGAGCCACCACCGGAAGGGUACUAUGCGUUUGUGGAAGCACCAAAUGCGGAACCUCCACGAGUACGACCUCCGCCAUAUACUUUUACACCUGUGGACUGUAAAGAGGAUUUAAAUAGAACGCCGCACGGAUCGAUGUUUAACAUUUGCGGUGAUUUGAAUAAGGGUACGAUUCCUAGAAAUCCAAUGGGACAGAACGUACUUGGUACACCAUAUCCUUUUGAACUUAUAAGAAAUAUGACACUAAAAUAUCUCAGUCGAACGUUGCCGAUAUUAAAAGCAGAUGAGACCUUGCCGAAAGUAGCUCAGCUUCAAGAGGAUAUAAUCUCACAAAACGCGGCCCGCAUUCUCAAAACAGGGUUCUCUCAUGAGAACAAAGGUUCUGUUAUAGUCGUCCACAUUGUUAUUUCCAUAAUAUUGACAAAGACAGAGCAAUCGUUCUCUUGAGAACGCUGUUCCCCGGUUUCGCAAGUAGACCUGCAGGACUCUAUGCGCAUAUUCGCAGUACUUUUUCCUUUUAUGUGAGAAGGUCCACCACUCACGGAUCCAAAGGAAUCCCGAAAAACAGUUUGCAGUUUCCAGCAUCAAAUUUUCUAUGCCACGAUCAGUUGUUAAG